UGUUGUGUGUGUGUGUGUGUGUGUGUGUCAGCGCGCGUGGAAGGAGAAGAGGAGGACAGCAGCGGGACGGGUCGCAGACACUGCGCGCGCGCUCCCGCCGGUGUGUCCGGACUCGCAGUAGGACUCGCCGCCUCGUUCCAGUCUCGCGCAGCACAUGAUGGCCGCGUUCGCGCUCCUGCUCGCGGUGGCCUGCGCCUCCGCCGCCUCCCCAGCGGACGAUGAGCAGAAGAAAUACAGGGACAUGUUCCAACACUCCCACUCCGGUAAAUACCCUCCGCUUCCCGGCUGGAAUUCGGACAACCACCCCUGGGAUGAGGACCUGUACCCGCCCUUGAGACCAGACAACUUCAUGGAGAGAAGAGGCCGGCGCGUGGUUGCCCACCUCACGAGUGACAGUCCUGCCAUGAAUGGCUCCUUAAUCACAUUCACCACGUCACUCGAGUUCCCACGCUGCCAGCGCGAGGACGCCCGCGGGGACCUUGUCUACGACCCCACCUGCCGAGACGAAAAUGGCAAGGUGCACUCUGGUUACGUCUACAACUGGACCUCCUGGAUGCAGGACUACGGCUUUGGACAGUGCACUGACCCCACCAAGUGCAACGUCUUCCCGGAUGGGACCCCUUUCCCACAGAGCUACAGCUGGAGACGGAAGAACUACAUCUACGUGUGGCGCACGAUGGGUCAGUACUUCCAGACCUGUGGAGGUUCCACUUCCACCCUCAAGCUCAACACCAGCAACAUCACUCUGGGUGCAGAGAUCAUGGAGGUGAUGGUGUACCGCCUGCGGGACCGCAGGAAGUACAGCCCAGCAGCCAUUGACAGCGGGGUUUACUUCAUCACGGACAAGAUUCCCCUGGCGGUGAACAUCUCUCAAAAAGCUGCACGCAACCUGUCGGAAAACGUCUUCGUCACGGACUCGGACAUUAUCUUCAAAGUCCUGAUCCACGAUCCGAGCAACUACCUGAAAACCGCCACUUCCGUGAACUUCAUCUGGGACUUCAGAGACGGUAACCGUCUGGUGACGCACAGCAACGUGGCCAGCCACACGUACAGCUCUGCGGGCAAUGUCACCGUGAAGCUCAUCGUAGAGGCCGCCUUCCGCGCCGACUGCCCCCCGCUCACCACUACGCCAGAGAGCUCCAGCUCCAGGCAGACCACAGCUGCAGCCACCACCCCAACUCCAGAGACUCAUACUGUCACUAGUAGAGUAGAAACUACCCCUGGUACUACUACUGCACGGACCCGUGAGACAACUACUACCUCUACCACCACAACAAGUACCCCGACAACAGAGAUGCCUGUUACCACGGCAGCUGAGGGCGCCACCGACACCCCCGUGGACCCCGUUGACCACAACUCUGAGAACAAGUGCUUCCGGUACAUGUUUGGCACCUUUGAAAAGGAGAUCCUCAUCAUCGAUGAUGCUCUUGAUGCAAAUACCAUUCAAGCCAGCACAAUUGUGGAGGUGUCUACAUCCAAGGUGACCGAUACCGUUGUGCACUUCCUUGUGAAGUGCAUGGGCAGUGUUCCUACCUCCGCCUGCACGAUCAUCUCGGAUGCAUUCUGCGAGAAGGCAAAGAACGUCAUUUGCAAUGACAUUCCGCCCUCUGCUGAAUGUAAGGUGAUGCUGAAGCGCACCUUCCUUCAGCCUGGUACCUACUGUGUGAACAUCAGCUUGGAGGGAUCUUCCAGCUUUGCCUUGGCCAGCACUCAUGUCACCACUAAUGUCACCACUCAUGUCACCAUUGGAACUGGGGACAAAGCAGUUGCCAAACCACUGCAGGCCACUGAGGUUGUGCUGAGUGCUAGCGCCAUCCUAGUGGCUAUCUUCGCCUUCGUUGGCUUCAUGGUGUACAAGCGCUACAGGGUCUACCAGCCAGUAAGGCGCGAGGCCAUAGUGGAGCAUGGCCCAGGAAGGGUGGGAUCCCGCUUGGGCCAGCUGAAGGCAGCAUUAUUCCAGGCCAAUGAGGAGAAGAGCCACCUGCUGAGUGACAGAAGCCCUUUCUAAGUUCUUUCCUCUUCAGCAGUGGUUCUCUACCAGGGUCAUGUACCGAGGUUGCCUUAGGAGUUCAACAUGCGGUGAGCGAUGUUUCCACACAUAGAUGUUUUGCGGCAACAUGAAACACUUGUAGUCUGCUGUAUACACACUCACCAGGGUAUCUAACACUGAGUAUUAGUUAUGUGUUGCUCAUCAAAAUGCACGCUUUGCGCCAAUUCACCAUUUUGUUUCGCACACCAGCUCGAUGAAAACAGUAACUCGCAAAUUGUGAUGGGGAUAUUAGUAAAAGGAGAUUUGUAAUGUCUCAAAUCUGCCUUGGCUGCCAUUUUCAGGAAGGUGGAGAUCAGCGUUUCAGAAACAAAAGGUAUAUGCCAUGUACAUGGCUUUAAGAAACACUGCUUCUGCAGUCUGACAGUAUAGCAGGUAAUUCACUGAAUCCUACCUGAGGAUUAUAUCUAAAAACUGAAUAGCCCUAAAAGGCCAAUGGUACACAAUUUCUUCCCUUCUCAGGGGAUUACUUUAGAAAUACAGCUCACCUUUGACAUUUAGAAAGACUCAAAUUAAGGUUACCAAGAGAAAUUAAAUGUACUAAUUUUUGCUAGCUGACUGCCCAACAUCAAUGUUGGGGAAACAUU